AUGAAUAAAGUAAUUGAUAUUGAUCAGCUGCAACUUGUUGUGAUUACUAGACGAUUAUAUGUACUUUUUGGAUUACUAAUUUUAUUUACAGUCACUACAAUCGCUCUAGCAGCAGCGAUUUUAGGUGUUGUUAUUAAUCGCCUAGAUUCAAAAAGUGGAAGUUUUCCUGACAAUAGCGAGUCAUGGUCAUUAGUUAGUCAAAUAAAAAUUGAAGAUCUAAUGAAACAUUUAGAACAACUUCAAAGAAUUGCUGAUCGAAGUAAUGGAACACGUGCAGCUGCAACUGUUGGAUUCAAUAUGACACUCGAUUAUAUUUCUAAUCAACUUGAACAAAAUACAAAUUUUAAAAUUCAACAUCAAUAUUUUACAGUUCGAAAUUACAUUAUCCAUGGAACUCCACAAUUACAAACACAAAUCAAUGGAAAUUUAACAAAUCGUGUUUAUUUAACAGAUUUCACUCAGAUUUUAUUGUCAUCCACAGCUCAUUUUGAAACAUUUGUUCCAGUCGUUCCGAUUUUAAAUUUAGGUUGUGAAGAUACUGAUUGGACUAGCACAUCAGUUUUUGGUUUAGUUGCAUUAGUCAAACGAGGUAAUUGUUCAAAUAAACUAAAAUCUGCACUAGCUGAAAAAUAUCAAGCGAAAGGAUUGCUUAUUUACAAUGACGGAACAGCACCAGAUCGUUUUCAAUCAAUACAAGGAGUGAAUAAUAAUUGGAAUACAACAAUUCCAGCUUUUUUCUUAUCUUAUAAUCUAGGAAUGGAGUUACUCAAUGCAGUAGGUAAUGCAGGUGUAAUAAUGGAUAUCAGUGUCAGUGAUGUUAAUGGAGUUGGAAAUAUUUGUGCCGAUACACAAACAGGAGAUAAAACAAAAACAAUUUUGGUCGGGUCACAUAGUGAUUCGGUUAAGGAAGGCAGCGGAAUCGAUGAUAAUGGUAGUGGAACAAUUGGUAAUUUAGUUUUAGCUCUUAAUUUAGCUCGUUUAUUUCAAACAUCUUCAUUACAUUAUUCACCAUAUUCAUAUCGUGUUCGAUUUUGUUGGUGGGGUGCUGAAGAACUUGGCCUUCUUGGUUCUCUAUAUCAUGUUCAACAGGCUUCUUUGCCAAACACAACCACUGACGGGGAACGCUUACAGGAUUACCUAGUGAAUUUGAAUUAUGACAUGUUAGCCGGUCCGAAUUAUCAAUUUGGUAUUCAAGACAGCUCAUUAGUUCCAUUAGGAACACCUGCUCAAGCUCUUAAUGGUACAAGUCGAAUUACGAAUCUCUAUCAGCAAUGGUUUGACGGUCAAAAACUUCCUUGGAGCAAAGUAGAAUUCGGAGGUGGUAGUGAUUAUGCUCCAUUUCUAGCUGCAGGUAUAGCAGUUGGUGGAAUCAAUACCGGGACUGAUGAAAUUAAACCGUCUACUGAACGAGACCAAUAUGCUGCAUUAUUAGGAACAGGAAAUGGUGGAAUAGCUAACGCUGCUUAUGAUCCAUGUUACCAUCAACAAUGCGAUAGAAUUAGAAAUAUAAAUCCGUUUGCAUUUGAAAAAAAUGUCAAAGCAGCUGCUUAUGUGAUUGAAUAUCUCGGAAGAUUGAAUAAUUUAGAAAGAUGGCUUUAUCCAAAUGGUCGAAUAAAGAAUUUUAAAUCGUUCAAUAGAAAUCAAUUAAAUAAUUUUCAUGAUGAUCGUAAUCAUAUCUAA